AACACACACUGCUGAAGUGAAGGUCCCUGCAUGGCAGAAAGUAAAGAUAGAAAAAAUGAAAAAGAAGCACCAUCAGGAAGACUUGGUCGAACUCUAUGCAAGUCAGAGUGAAGCUGUUGAUGACUCUAGUGAUGUAGCAGAAAAAGUAAAACUUGGAAAAAUUCAAGUACCUGUUAACUCGUCAAAUUUCAAGGAUGUUACAGAAAAAAAGUUUCCACCAAUGGCAACGGCAAGUGAAAGGCUUGAGGAGUUGGAUGAGAAGGAAUAUAUGAUCGAUAUACCUUGUUCCCUAGACAAGGAUGCUGUUCAUAAAAGUGUGCAAUGUUCAGAGGCAAUUCAUAUUGAGGUGGGAAACGUCAAAAGCCAACCUCCUCAAAUGGAUAGAAGUUCUUCACUGUUAAUUUCUGGUUUACAUGGUAAUGGUGCACUCUCGGCAGACACUGAGAAACAUACCGAGAGUGUUAUUCAACAAAAAUUGGAGGAUAAGAAGAAAACAGAGGUAAGUGUUCAUGGGAGUUCUGUGCCUGUGGUGAAGGUUGACUCACAUACCAGACAUGAGGGGCCAUGCAAAGAGGAAAUUCCAUUAAAUACUUCAUGUUCUCCAAAUGUAUGGUGGCUACUCAUGACAGUUCAGAGUUUCUAGGAAAAAAAUGUAUAAUUGGAGAUAAAGUUAUUAAUGAUAAUGGUUAUUAUAGUGACAAUCACUUUGGGGCUCAUUGUCCUGAUUAUCAGCAGUCUGAGGUUGAAGCCUCUGGUUCACCAAAUUGCAGGAAUGAUGUUAGUGUGGUGCAGUCAGUUACCACAGAUUUUGAUAUGAAAUGUUCUGAUAGACAAGAGCCUCUGAGGAUUGACAAUAUGCCAGUUGCUAAAUGUGAUGAAACUAACAAUGCUCUCUGCACCAACAUAGUCAAUACUGGUUCUGGAACAUCAUAUGGAAAACAGUCAAGUUCAGUCUCCUCUGAUGAUGUGACCUUAAAACAAGGUCUUCUUGGUGGGAAAGAGUCUUCUCAAGAUGGUGAAAGUGACUCAUCAAGUUUAAAUGCCAUAAAUGUGAAUAAAGAAACUCAUGAGGUUGGUUGUGAUUCAGAGGUUGCAUGUGGAGGUGCUGUGUGGGACAUAUUUCAUAGACAGGAUGUCCCAGCUCUAAUUAAUUAUUUGCAAAAGUACUGGAAAGAAUUUCGCCAUAUUAGUAAACGGCCCUUGACUUCUGUUAUUCAUCCAAUUCAUGAUCAGACACUUUUCUUGAAUGUAAGGCACAAAAGACAACUGAAAGAAGAGUUCAAUAUUGAGCCUUGGACAUUUGAGCAACAUCAUGGUGAAGCUGUCUUUAUCCCCGCUGGUUGUCCUCAUCAAGUGAGGAAUAGGAAGGUGUCCUUUUCUCCAGUUGUUAUUCAGAACUGA